AUGGCGGAGACCUUAAUGUACCCCUCCGCAUGGUGCGCGCCCGCGGGGUACAUCCCGCGCAGGGGCGGAGGGGGACCCCGCGCUGCUGUGGGGGGAGGCGGAGAGGCGGUUUGGGCGGGGGGUGGAGCGGAGGGAGGGGAGGGAGCGGGAAAGGGAGAAGGAGAGGGGGUGGGGGAGGAGGAGGAGGAGGAGGAGGAGGAGGAGGAGGAGGAGGAGGAGGAGGAGGAGGAGGAGGAGGAGGAGGAGGAGGAGGAGGAGGAGGCAGGGGGUGGUGGUUGCUUCCAGGCUACAAUGGCGGCACGUCCUCGUUGCCUGCCAUGCCACGUCGCACGCCUCGUCGCAUGCGUCGCGAAAAACAGUCCAUCCACGCUCCCGCCCCAAAUUCUGAUCCCUCGACGCGCAUCUCCCCCGUACGCAGCCAUGCUUCUCGCGACGCUGAUUGCCGCCCAGGGACCAUGCAAUGGGAUUGCUGGGGAGGGGGCAAACGAAACGGAUGUUCUAUUCAAGGGCGAAUCAGAUGCCACGGUCCACGAGCACCGCCAUCGCCCCCACAACAAUGGCGAACCUCCGGGAACGAUCUUUUCACAAGUGGAAGACAUCCAUGCGACGGCGACUGUGGCGGCAGAUAUUGACAAUGAGGGGGAAGAGGAUGGCGGUAUUCCGCUCAGCGCGCAGCCCAAGGCGCAGCAGGGCGCGCAGCAGAGCGGUCAGAAGGGCAAGUGGACGGAGCAAGAAGUCUUGAGCGUGCUCCGCGAGGCCUCCGCGGGCAGCGGCCCCGCGCCAGCCGCCGCGCCGCACAGCGCCAGUUUCGGCGCAGCAGCCGCGGCCUUCCGCGAGGCAGGCGCAGGGGCGGCCGCGGCGGGCGGCAGCAGGGGCGGCGGCGGCAGCGGCAACUCAGGCAACGCAGGCGGGGCGGCAGCGGGCGGCGAUGACGGCCCGACGCGCGUGCAGCGGUUUCUGAUGCGGUUGGCGGUGGCGCUACACGCGUACGGCAGUUCUGCCGCCCGCACGGAGUUCCUGAUCGAGCGUGCCGGGCGGCGGCUGGGCGUGGAUGUGAGCGUGGCGGUGCUGCCAGAUUUGAUUUUGCUCGCCUUCAACCGCGUGGUCGGGGACGAUACUGCUGGGCAGCGCACGCACAUGCUCUCCGUCUCCCCUGACAUGGAUCUGGACAAGCUGGGGCGAGUAGAUGAAUUGGCGCGCAGUGUGGGGUUGAGGGAGGCGCACAACCUCAUGGCGGCCUACUGGCAGCUGCGAGCCAUCGCCAACGCCCCGCCCACCUUCUCCCCGCCCAUGCACCUGCUCGCCAUGGCGCUCAUGUCUGCCAGUGCUGCCGUGCUCUUCUUUGGCGGCAACAUGUGGGACGGGCUGGUGGCGGGCGUGCUGGGCUUGCUGGGAGGAGCCUUGGAAUAUUGGGCCAUCUCCAACUCGCAGGCAGUGACGUCUAUCCUCGAGUUCCUCGUGUCAGUGCUAGCAGCCUUCACCGCCAAUCUCCUCGCAUCCACGCUGCUCAGCGGCCGCAUCUGCAUCUUCGCCUCUCUCUUCGGCGCCCUCGUCUGGUUCCUCCCAGGUGUCACACUCACCUUUGGGGUGAACGAGUUGGUAGCACGCACCCAAGUGACAGGCACGGCACGAGUGGCAGCAGCCAUAUUCACGUCCCUGCAGAUCGGAUUCGGCAUCUCCGUGGGCAUGGGGCUCUGCUUCUGGACCGCCUCGCCCACUGCCCUGUCCGACUGCCCUCCCUCCAACCUGCCCCUCUGGACCAACAUUUUCUGGUUCGCCAUGUACGUGGUGGCGAGCAACAUUCGCUGCAAUGCCAGAUUGGACCAGUGGGACGGCAUGACGCUGGUGGCGCUGGUGGGCUACGUGGUAUCAGAGCUCGCCUACCGCACCAUCGGCAACGACACUGCUUCCGUUGUUGCUGCAUUUGCCGUCAGCACGUCAGGCACGCUCUUGUCGCACUUCGCCCAGGAGUUUCCUUUAGCGAUGAAGAUCUCGGGGAUUCAGCUGCUUGUGCCGGGAGGCAUAGGCGUGCGCGGCGUGGCGGCCAUCCUCAACCAGGAUGUGAUGUCGGGCAUCGGGUUUGUCUUUGAGAUGCUCACUGUCGGCCUUGCCAUCACCAUCGGACUCAUUCUCGCGAAUCUUGUGCUGCCCGAGUCCAUGUUUGCGCAUGGUAGCCGCCCGCAUCAUAAUAAAAGGAGGCUUGCGGCGGAUUUGCGGGCAGAUUCUAUGGCACAUGGUGGGAUUGGAGGUCGGUUGGAUGGGGCGAGGGGGAGGGAUGAGGUGAUAGGGAGAGGGUUUGGUGCGGAUUCUGAUGGGGGUGGUGGUGGUGGUGGUGGGGUUAGGGGAGUGUUGGCUGGAGUGCUGGGUUUGGCUGGGUUGAGGAACCGGGGGAAUGGGGAGGACAGAUUAGCUUCUGCGUUUCUGCCCCAGGUGAAAGAAGAGGAGGAUUCGGUAGCAUUUUGA